AUGGGUAGCCUUCCACUGGACGACGCCCUUUUCCCACUAAACCCGGAGACAUUCGCCGAGGAAUCGACCGCCGUGGUCGAUUUCCUCGCCCGCUACUACCGCGACAUCGAGCGGUACCCGGUCAUGGCCCCCGACACCAAGCCAGGGUCCAUCCGCAAGGUUUUUCCCGACGCGGCGCCCGAGACGGGCGAGUCCAUGGACCGAAUCCUUGACGACGUGCAGCGCGACGUCCUCCCGGGGCUGACGCACUGGCAGAACCCCAGCUUCUUCGCCUACUUCCAAGCGAACGCGAGUGGCGCGGGAUUCGCCGGCAAGAUGCUAUCGGCCGGCCUCAACGUCGUGCCAUUCGUGUGGAAGGCGUCGCCCGUGGCCACCGAGCUGGAGCAGGUCGUGGUGAACUGGAUGGCCGGGCUCCUCGGACUACCGGAGCUAUUCCGCUUCGUGGGAGGCGGCGGCGGCGUGCUGUACGGGAGCACGUGCGAGGCCGUGGUGUGCACCCUUGCCGCUGCGCGCGACCGUGCGAUCAGCAGGCUCGGCCAUGCAGCCAUCCUUAGGAUGGUCGUAUACGCCUCCGACCAGACCCACGCCACCUUCCAGAAGGGUGCCAGGAUCGUCGGCAUCCCUCCGGCGAACUUCCGUGUCCUGCGCACGACGGCGGAGUCCGGGUACGGCCUGACUGCCGACACUGUCCGAGCGGCGGUCGAGGAGGACGUCGCCCGUGGACUGGUUCCUCUAGCUGUACCUGAAUGUGGCUGCACAUUGACGCCGCGUACGCCGGCAGCGCGGCGAUUUGCCCAGAGUUCAGGGGUCACCUCGAUGGCGCCGAGCUCGCCGACUCGAUCCGACAGCCCUCACACCAGCGCACUGUCCACUGACCCGGAGUACCUCAAGGACGUCGGCAGCGGCGGUGAUGUGUCACCCAUCGACUACAAGGACUGGCAGAUCGCACUGUCACGACGCUUCCGCGCCAUCAAGCUCUGGGUGUGGUUCGAGCUCGCAGUGGUGGCGGACGAGCGCUUCGAAGUCGUGGUGCCGAGGAACUUCUCGCUGGUGUGCUUCCGUCUCCGCCCGCGGCUCGGGAUCGAUGAUGACGCGGUGGAUGGUCUGAACCGCCAGCUCCUUGCUGCUGUGAAUGCGAGCGGGCGGGCGUUCAUGACGCACUUUGUCAUGGACGGCCAGUUCGUCAUCCGGCUCGCCGCUGGCGGGGCCAUGACCGAGAUGCGCCAUGUCCGGGACGUGUGGGAGCUUCUCAAGGAGAAGGCUAAUGAAUCGGUUGGGGGCUCAUGA